UAUUUCGUUAAAUUGCAUCAACAACAAAAAUAAUCUUUGUUCCCCUUCUUUCUUCAAAGUUUUUUUUGUUCAAUCAAAAAUUAGAAGAACAGAGAACAAUAAAUAAUUAUAAUUUGAAACUUGAAAGUAAUAGUAAUUUGCUUUGUUAAUGUAGUUUUUGAUUCGCAAGUGCGUGCUGCAAUGGCAAGAAGAUCUUCAGCUACUGGUGGAGAUGUUAUUGGUAGUGGUAUCACAGGUACCACAGAUGAUUUAGAUGACUUGGACACACCAUCUACAGAUGGUAUUGAAACUGGUUCUUUGGCCAUAAAAGAAUCAGAACGUAUCAAAGAAAAAGAACUAUGGCAAAGGCCAACAACCCAACGAAUGCUUCCAAAUGAUGGUUCAACCAUACUUCGUUUCGAAAUUCCCUAUGCCCGUAUUAUGCCACCAAAAACUGAGAAUCCAAACAUUAAACGAUUUGUUGUUUAUGAUUUGUCAGUGCGUCAGGAUUCAUCGGUAAUUGAUCCGAAUCCAGCUACAAUUGAAAGACGUUAUACAGACUUUCUAAAGCUAUACACGAAUUUGAAGAAAGCACAUCCAACUGCUUUCAAUUCUAUAUACUUUCCCAAGAAAGUAUUGAUGGGCAACUUUUCGCCCGACUUAAUUGCCGAACGAAGUGCAGCCUUUGAAGUAUUUCUAGAUCAUAUUGUCUCGAAGGCUGUCCUUCGGGAGUCUCCACAUUUUUUGCAUUUCCUACAAGAUAUUGAAUUGAGAAAAGCUUGUCAAUUGUUAGAUGAACGUCGAAAUGAAUCGGCUAUUCCAUUGCUAGAGAAUUGUUUUCGCUUGUUGAACAAGAUAUUUAUGGAUCGUUCUAAGCCUGUGUUGUUGAUACUUUGUCGGCUGGUUGCGGCUUGUACUACAUCGCCUGUACCACAUCCAUCGGCAGAUCGUUGGGCUGAGUUGGCAUUGAGACGCUAUGAAACGCUAUGUGAUACAGAUUUGCUGCCUCUUUAUAUACCACUUUUACAAACUUGUUCCCAUUUAUGGUGGCAACGAGGGCGUGAUCAAAAACUAAUAACCGAUCGCCUUACAGACAUGUCCAAAAAGGGGAUAAAUAUAAACAAUAGUCCGCCACUGAUGAAGGCCAUUCACUUGUUAGAUCCACAAACUGAAACUAUAUAAACUAUUCUUUUUUCUAUAUAUUUUUGGUGUUUAGUUUAAAGUUAUGUAUUUAUUUUUUCUAUCUGACAUGUGUGCACUUUGUCUAUUGAAUGCUUACGGGAACAUAGUAUUUAUAUGUAGGUCAUUAUUUACAUAAACACUGUUUUUAUUAUUAUAUAUACAUGCUAUGGAUAUAUAUUUUGGGGGUAUUUUCAUCUACUUUAAGUUUUGCUUUUAAAUGCAUUUGACUGAGAACAAAUUAAUGAAACUCGAAUAUUAUUUCAAUGUUAUUUUUUCUAAUAUACUCAAUUCUGUUACAAAUUUAUUGCAAUGUUGCAACAAUUAGUAUGGACCAGUUUAAAAAUAUUUUUUUUAAUUUUUUUUU